GGGAAAUUUGUCUUGGCUGCAUCUUCGGUGCAACAUCAGCAGCCGUCAUCCUCGAAGGAGCCUGUGGCUGAAAUGUAGGGCUGCAUCAUGCGCCACGAUAAUGGCGCAUAGGAAAGGUUCCAGUCUUGGUGUGAUAUGUCGUGCUUGGAGCGUUCAACUAUCAUGAAUUCUUGGGACUUUCGGAUUUUCAGCGUUGAUGUGUGUACAUGACUCUCUUCGCUCUCAUGCGUGCAACCUCUCUGGGCUUUCUACUCGCAGGAUUUGGUCAAUCGAGGGCACAGUGGGGUUCUCGGGGUCAUUGCCAUGGCGUGAAAUGGCUCCACCGUCCUCAUGACUGUUGUUCGAGAUACCCCCACCAGUAGCACCUGCGACUAGCCAGCCCACAUCAGGAUGGAUAGCAAAUGAGUCGGGGACAUGUGUCGGACAGGAAAUCGGGCUGCUGCAGGGUAUCUUGUCAGAAAAAAGCGGGUUAUAUGAGGAUCUGAGGAGGUCAAGGUAAAGGAAACAGGUAUAAAUACAGCCAUCUCUCGUCCUCGAGAUCAUCCAGAUCAACAACCUUUCAAAGUUCACCAUCUCCAUUCAUAAUGAGCUUCCACGCCUCCGCUACCAGCAUCGAGCUUGAAGAUGGCCACAUCCUGAAGGCCACUCUCCGCAACGAGGAAGGCGAUGAGGUCGAGUCGGAGUUGGACCUGAACGAUAUUAUCGGCAAUAACAACGGAUCGUUUGAAUGGGGAGGCGAGAACUUCCAGGAUAGCGCUGAUGAAAUUGAGUUCACUCGCGAGGAACGAGAUGAGGACGAGCCAAUCCCGGUGCUUCGAGCCAGCUUGGGUAACCUUGAUGGGGAGAAUGUGCCUGCAGAUAUCAAUCUGGCGGAGCGCAUCACGAACGAGAAUGGACAUCUGAAGUUUGUUUAGCCUUCUUGCACUGGAGGUUUUCAGUCAGCUGUGAGACCUAUUACUAUCAUCAAUCAAUAUAUUCUCUUAACCCUGGUAUCAUGCGAAACA